AUGGUGGGGAACCUGUUGUUCUCCAAAGUCCUGGACAAAGACCUUUCUCAGCUUUUCUAUCUAACCACCCAUUAUGUGCCUUGUGCGUCCACAACACCUUAUAGGUUUGAAGCAAUAGAAAGGCCUUGGACAGUUUCCCAGAAAGGUACACGUGCAUCUCUUACUAUGUACAGUAGUACCUCGGGUUACAGACGCUUCAGGUUACAUACGCUUCAGGUUACAGACUCUGCUAACCCAGAAAUAGUACCUCAGGUUAAGAACUUUGCUUCAGGAUGAGAACAGAAAUUGUGCUCCGGCGGCACAGCAGCAGCGGGAGGCCCCAUUAGCUAAAGUGGUGCUUCAGGUUAAGAACAGUUUCAGGUUAAGAAUGGACCUCCGGAAUGAAUUAAGUUCUUAACCUGAGGUUUGUUGUUGUUGUUUAGUCGUUUAGUCGUGUCCGACUCUUCGUGACCCCAUGGACCAGAGCACGCCAGGCACUUCUGUCUUCCACUGCCUCCCACAGUUUGGUCAGACUCAUGUUUGUAGCUUCGAAGACACUAUCCAACCAUCUCAUCCUCUGUCAUCCCCUUCUCCUUGUGCCCUCCAUCUUUCCCAACAUCAGGGUCUUUUCCAGGGAGUCUUCUCUUCUCAUGAGGUGGCCAAAGUAUUGGAGCCUCAGCUUCACGAUCUGUCCUUCCAGUGAGCACUCAGGGCUGAUUUCCUUCAGAAUGGAUAGGUUUGAUCUUCUUGCAGUCCAUGGGACUCUCAAGAGUCUCCUCCAACACCAUAAUUCAAAAGCAUCAAUUCUUUGGCUAUCAGCCUUCUUUAUGGUCCAGCUCUCACUUCCAUACAUCACUAUUGGGAAAACCAUAGCUUUUACUAUACGGACCUUUGUUGGCAAGGUGAUGUCUCUACUUUUUAAGAUGCUGUCUAGGUUGGUCAUUGCUUUCCUCCCAAGAAGCAGGCGUCUCUUAAUUUCGUGGCUGCUGUCACCAUCUGCAGUGAUCAUGGAGCCCAAGAAAGUAAAAUCUCUCACUGCCUCCAUUUCUUCUCCUUCUAUUUGCCAGGAGGUGAUGGGACCAGUGGCCAUGAUCUUCGUUUUUUUGAUGUUGAGCUUCAGACCAUAUUUUGCGCGCUCCUCUUUCACCCUCAAUAAAAGGUUCUUUAAUUCCUCCUCACUUUCUGCCAUCAAGGUUGUGUCAUCUGCAUAUCUGAGGUUGUUGAUAUUUCUUCCAGCAAUCUUAAUUCCGGCUAGGGAUUCAUCCAGCCCAGCCUUUCGCAUGAUGAAUUUUGCAUAUAAGUUCAUUAACCAGGGAGACAAUAUACAGCCUUGUCGUACUCCUUUCCCAAUUUUGAACCAAUCAGUUGUUCCAUAUCCAGUUCUAACUGUAGCUUCUUGUCCCACAUAGAGAUUUCUCAGGAGACAGAUGAGGUGAUCAGGCACUCCCAUUUCUUUAAGAACUUGCCAUAGUUUGCUGUGGUUGACACAGUCAAAGGCUUUUGCAUAGUCAAUGAAGCAGAAGUAGAUGUCUUUCUGGAACUCUCUAGCUUUCUCCAUAACCUGAGGUACCACUGUAUUAUAAAACGGGAUGGUAAAUGACCAUAGUCAUAACUACAAUCUGUCACAUGCUUUAUCAUCCUUAUCUUCAUCUCCACAACAGGUAGACCCUAAAAUAUAUAUACAUUCUUAGCUCAUCUCUUUCCACAGGCUGACAAAAAAUUACAUGUUUAAAACCAAAAUAGAAUAAUAAACUGUAAAAGCACACACAACAAACACACGCCAAAAAAAAGCAAGUAAAAACUCAUGUUAUCCUUCCUAUCUGUCAGACACACCCCAUGUGGAAAACCCUUUGUUUGUGUAUAUUUUUUCUUAUAUAAGUUUCUAUGAAUUAGUUGUUCCAUGUGUUGCUGCUAUGUCUAGAUGUGCACAAUAUUCUGUAGAUUAAAAUGCAUUAUGAACCUGUUCUGUUUCUAGCAAAUUGGAAGUCACUGCUAAGAUGGUGUAACUAAUAGCUAUGUCCUUGAAUCCUUACCUUCCAGCAGCGUCAAAGAAUGCAUUUUAGGGUACCCAGCAAAGCUAUACCGACUCUUCGGGUGGGCAGAUGCAAAAGAGGAUCACAGAAGCGACACACUCCAAAGCAGGUGUUGGAAGAUUCAGGACAGAUCGCAUAGUUAUGCUAUGGAACUCACGCCCACAGGAGGCAGUGAUGGCCCCCAACUUAGAUGUCUUUGAAAGACGAUUAGACAAAUUCCUUGAAGUUAAGCCUAUCAGAUGGCUACUAGCCAGGACGGAUAUGCUCUGAAACUGUGGCUUGAGCCUAUAGUGCUUCUGAAUGCCAGUCGCUAGAAACCACAGGACAGGGAUGGCACUCCUGUGCUCAGGUUCGGCUUGCUGGUUUCCCACAAGGCAUCUGGUUGGCUGCUAUAAGAACAAGAUGCUGGAAUAGUUGGGCCUGGCCUGGUCCAGUAGGCUUGUCUAAUGUUAUCCUGCACGUUUAACGGUUGUGUGGUUUGCAAGGGAGGUAGUUUGCACAAGCUACACCUGUAGAAAUUGCAUCUUCUGCUCAUCUGUGGAAGGUGCUCUCUGGCUAUCCUAGGCACCCUGCACCCUGUAUUUCCAUCACUUUUUCCUAUGAUCCACUCCACUUGUCUCCAUGGAGAAAUUAAGAUUCCCGCUAGCUACCAAAUGCAAAAGUGGACAGGGCAAGAAGCACAGCUGCCAUAGCUUUGCUUAAUGCUUCAAAGCAUUUAAAGGCAUAUAGGCACCAUCUCUGCCUGGGAACUUCAACAAUGAGAGGAGGAGACGUGUGUGUGUGGCACCGACAAACUUGCCUGAUUUAUUUAUUUCUUAGAAAGAAGGGCUUUAUUUUUGUGUGUGUGUAUAUUCCUGGUCUUGAAUGAGACUGGCUGUGGGCAUUUACUCCAUCACAUCAACAAGCUUAACAAUUUGCGGCCUGAUUUAGUCAAUGAACAUCUGUGUUAUCAUCUACAGAUGAGUGAUAACUUACUUCAGCCACAAGGGGUGGGUUAGGAGGAUGAAAAGUAGUGUCAGCAAGUUUACAGGCAACACAUGCAUUGCAACAUCAUUGUUACAAAUAGAAACACUUGCAGCAACCUGACUGUUGAUCCCAAAAUAAUGGGACCCAUUGGCUCAAGAUGGAUGUGUUGAACUUGUACCCUGUGAGUGGCAGGUGAGCAACUGGUCUGCUGGCACAGAUUGAGAGAGUUGACAAGGAAGGUGGACUGGAUAGAACCAGGUAUGUGUUCACAGUCCAUAUGAACUUUGUGACUAUUCAGAGCUGUAUUUCCAGAGCUGUAUUGUUAGUGAUGCUUCCCUGAGAUUUGCAGGGGAUUCCUCAACACCUCUGCUUUAAGCAAGGCAACAACAGAACAGCUGCUUUAUAUGGGACCUACCCAGCUGUGCUUUGUUAGACGUCUCCCCACAGAACCCUCUUCAGGUAAAUGUGAGUAUCUUGUAAAUAAGUCAUUUCAGCUGAGUGCAUUUGAGUUUUACCAACCUUCUUACAAUAAGAUGGAACUGUGUAGCUGUGCCGUCUCUGGGGCGGGGGUAUAGGUAAAAUGGAAAAGAAAAAUCAGAUAUUUGGAAGAAAAGUUUCUGCGGGAGGAAGGAGGGUGUGCUGGGAACAGUGGCUAUCCUCUGAAAAAAAGAAACAUGCCCCUACAUGAGCUUGGAGCAUCUCAGGUUGGCAAAAAAAUCAGUCGUGCAGAUAAACCCACAAAAGUUACUAGCUUGCAAAACAACAAUAAUAAAUGCUGGCCUUGUAAGAGGCUAAUAGCCUGAGUUUCUUUGGUGGUUGUGGAACAGGAAGCAUGGAAAUGAAGACCACACUCUCUUAGCAGGCUAGUCCAAAAAAGAAAAUAAAAAAGCAUUCUACCAAGUGAACUGGUGGAGGCAGGACAAAGUGACCCAUAGCAACCACCCCAGCCUCCACCAACUCACAAUAUUUUCAUGCUGGUUGUGAAAAGGGUACUUCCUGUUUCUACAUUACAAGUCUAGGAACCAAGCUGUUUCAGAGGCAGGCUACUGUAGCAGUCCUCCUUUCUUACACCACUUCACUCACUCACCUGCAUGGAAUUCUUGGUCGCCUGUAGCUAGCAGGUAAGUUUGUUUGUUUUGUUCAUUUUAUUUUUAUCCUGCCCUUCAUCUAUCAAGAACUCUGGGUAGUUUGCAACAGCCAAAUCCACAAAAUCCAAAAAACCUAAAACCAUAAUCACAGCAUUAUGAAUGUAGAAUUUACAUGUGUGUUAUUUAUUUUUAGAUAGUGUUGAGUCUAAUCUUUUAAAUAAAUACCUUUUAAAACUUUUGCUAUUGCUCAUUUUAAUGUUUUUAUAUUGUUGAUAAACUGCAUAGAGUUUGGGGUUGUGUUUUUACAUUCAAGCAGUAUAUACAUUUUGUUAAAUAAAAACCCGGUGAAGGCCAGGGAGAAAAAAUAUUAAUAGUAGCUGUGGUAGUAGUACUAAUGCCUAAACUUUAAGUUAUCUCCCCAAAGCCUGAAUGAAUAAAAACUAAAACUGGUAAUCAAAAUAUUUCCCAUGAGGGUAAUAGCCACACUUCCCAAGGCAGGGCAACAUGCAGAAGGGCAACAGCUCAUUGGUGGAGCAUCAGUAGAGUUCUCUGAUCGCUCCAUCUCAAGGAUAACAUAGAGCUGCGAAAGUUAUAGAAAAAGGGAAACCAGCAUGAUCUAGGGGCUGAAGGACUUUCCUUGCCACAAAUAGCCAAAACAUAUGGGGCUUCUUAAUUCAGGGAAAAAGACAACAUGAGGUGAGCAUAUCAUUUUAUAAGAAUGAUGCAUGGUUUGGCAUAGUGAGGGAAGUCUACUGCCUUCAAGCUCUGCUUAUGGUCUAACUGGAAGCAAUUGGCUAGCUGCUGUUGAAAGGAGGGGGCUAAUCUGAUCAGUCUAGCAGGGCUCAUUUGAUGUUAUUAUGAUGAUCUCCUGUGUAAAAUUUUAGCACACUUGAGAAUGAUACUGUGUGUAGAUAAGUGAAUUUUAGGGGAUGCGGCUUGCAAACUCUCUCCCAUGCUUUGAUCCCACUAGGCAGUGAUUCCCAUGACUCAUAAAGCCUGUUAAUUUGCAUGUUACCAUGGUUUCUUUUGCAUGUCACUUCUACAGUAGCUAAUCUUCUAGGAGUUGACAAGCCGCGUCUCCUGAUGUUGGGGGAGCAGGACCAUUCUCGAGUGUAGCCUGCAGUGGGGCAGUUAGGUAAUUUUAGACUCUUACUCCGCCGCCACCCCAGCCUUUAGAUGGUGGUGUGGUUUCCUGCACUUCCUUUCAAUGUGAUAAACUGCCCCUGCUGAGUUUGAGAACCUUCCUGUUCAUUCUGCUGAGUGGGAGCCCUGGACAUCUGCUCAUAAAUCCUGCCAUAGUGACACCCAUGGCACCUUGCCAGAUAUUCCUGGGUUAAAUGCUUGUGUGGAACACAUUUUAUUUAAGAGAGCAACUCUGUCAUAAGUUGAAGGGUCCAAGACCAAUCCAAGACUUCUCAUGUGUUCCCAUUUUCUCAGAUGCUCCUGAACAGCAUCCUUGCUCAACUUCUUCACAAAGAACCACAGUGGCUAAUGAAAAACAAGCGUUAAGAAGAUUCAGUAUCCUUGUAAACUAUAGAAAAAGGAUGGGGAACUUCAUGCCAAGAGCCCAAACACAGUGCUCCAGACCUUUGGGACUCUCCCUGGGCCACUACACUGAUUCAGUGUAAUGCUUUUUGGACCUCUUGAGCCCCAUAAUUUGCAUGCUGCAGAGCUCCAGUGUGCAAUUUCAUUUCCCAUACUUGUUAUGUAGCAAUAAAGGACAGUUGUGUUUGAACGGCCUGCCCCCUCCUGAUUUGUUUUCCUGCUACCCCAACACAUCACUUUCCUUGAAUGGUUCUGCUUGACUCAAAUGUGUUCUGCCUUCCUCUGAUAAUACUUCUUACUUGCCUGGAUGGAGGUUACAGAAGAGUACAGGAAAAUGUAUAGGAAAAUGUCAGGAAAUCAGGAAAACGUCAAUAACUAUUUAUUUGCGAGCAACAGGUCAAUAAAUCAGCAUAGCAGCUAGGACUUGCUACAUACAUUACUAAGGUUCUGACUAGUUGUCACUGAACUAUGGAAGGAACCACACCCAAGGAAGGCAGUUUCUAUUACAGACCAGGCCUGUUUCUUAAAGAGACAGGAUACGCUCAACAUACACCCGUCACUAACCAUCUCGAGUUCUCCUCAGAGCUAUAGUUUAUGAAGAGCCAAUUUCUCUCUUCCGCAAUUCUAGGACUUUUAUCUGUGAAGCCAUAGAACAGGGGUGGACAAUCUGAGUUCUCCAGCAUGAGCAGUGGUCAGGAAUGAUGAGAGUUUACUCCAAGAUCUGCCAAUCUGCUGUUGGGUUAAGUUCAAGGAUUUCCUACUAAUAAAGUUCUAUACACCUCAGGGCCAGGCAUAUAAUUGUGGUUAUUGUUCUGCAGGAGGGUUUCUGCUUGAAGCCCCUAUAUUAUCACAAGCCUGUUCCACAGCUUCUCAGAGCAGCAUUCUCAAUGUGGCUGCCCCUACAGUGGUGCCUCGCAAGAUGAAAUUAAUCCGUUCCGCGAGUCUCUUCGUCUUGCGGUUUUUUCGUCUUGCGAAGCACGGCUAUUAGCGGCUUAGCGGCUAUUAGUGGCUUAGCGGCUAUUAACGGCUUAGCGGCUUUAAGAAAAAGGAAACAAACUCGCAAGAACUCGCAAGACGUUUCGUCUUGCGAAGCAAGCCCAUAGGGAAAUUCGUCUUGCGGAACGACUCAAAAAACGGAAAACUCUUUCGUCUAGCGAGGUUUUCGUCUUGCGAGGCAUUCGUCUUGCGGGGCACCACUGUAUUUUGUAGAACACCAUCCCAGUUGAGAAUGAGAUGACAGACACCCACUGUUUGUAGUUUCUGGAAACAAUUUCGUUUUGACAAGUUUUUCCAACUGGAUGGGAUGAAAAAGAUUAGGUCUCUGGCCUUGCAUCCUUUAUAUGUAUUAUUUUAAAACCAAUCUUCAUAUUUUUUGGGUAUUGUUUUCAGACCUAUUUUGGUUGUUUCUAUUGUAUAAUUAUAACUCGCCUUUAGAUUUAUAUGAAUGCUGAGACAUAAAUUAAUAAACUAAUAAGAGCAAUUAUCUGGAGGGCCAGAAGUUCCCUCGCCAGUGCUACAGAACACUAGAUAACUAGAAAAGGCUGUGUGCCACAGGGUUUCAUAGUGAGAUCUCAGGUGACAAUAGCUGUAUAGCAAUAGAAGAACCUGCUUAUUGAGAGAGAAUAAAGUACAUGCUGUUUAUGAAUGAGGGUGUGUUCUCCACAGGCAAUUGGCAGACACCUGCUCUCCCCUCUCCGACUCGCUGCCAGGAAACAGCACGGCUGCUGUGGUCGUGCUUUGGAUGAUCACAGAAAACAUGAAAACUCCACGCUGUCGCUACACUCGUCUGGUAUGUACUGCAGUCCUUGCUUCUUGGGUUGGGAUAGGGAAGGACAGAGGAGGGAGUUGCCCCAAGGGGCAGGGCAAGAACGAAUGGGUGCAAACUGCAGGGCAUAAAGUUCAUUUCAACUAAACGUUAGCAGAAGCUUCCUAGUGGUAAAAGCUAACAGUUGAGAAGACUGCCUCAGGAGGUGGUCUCCUACCAUGGAGGCUGGAUGGUCAAAUUGUAGGGAAGCAAGACAGAUUGAACAAGAGGUUAUAGAAGAGAUGACCUCCAAGAUCCCUUCCAGGUCUAGAACUCUAGGAAGUGAAACUGCAAGCCAUCCUCACUGUACUAUGUCCUCCUCCCCGCAUUUGUGUCUUUCUGAAACCAUCUGGCAUCAUGGGAGCCUGUUAAGAGUUUAGUGCUACUGGGUUCCUAGGUCCAAAAAGGUAUACGUAUAUCCUAAUGGAAAACGGAAACACUGGUCAGUCAACUUCAAAACCAGGCAGCACAGAAAUAUGUUUCUUUUAGUAGACAAUGUGUUACUGAGGAAUUUAAAUUCCCUCCCUCCUUUCUUUUGGUGCAGAGCAUCAAUCUUCUAUUUCAGAUGUUUGGGCUGAGAAUGCCAUUGUUUAUGCGGUCAAGAUAGUGCAACCAGACAAUCCAGGCAGAAUCAUUCCAUACCAUUUGUGCAAAGGGGAUUUAAUUGAUUAGGAGAUUAAUUUGAUGAAAAAGCAUCAUGUUUGGUGGAGGUUGCCAUCACCUUGAUUUUGCCUUCAACCUCAAGUUUUGCUUUUAAGCUCAGCUCCUCGGACUAUUUGGUAGACAGUUUUUAAUAUUCACGUCCUUGAAGUGACAUAAGCAAAUAUAUAUUCAGAUGGGUGGCAAGCCCAAGAGAAAGGAAGGUAGCAAGAAUGUAGGAUUUCUACAGAAGUGGGUGGUAUAUUUCCGCAACUAGGUUGGUGCUGCAGAUAAGGGAAAGUAUGUGUAAUUGAGGAAGCACAAGGGAAAGUUAUAUUGAUAAAAGUGAAGCAGAGGACAAAGAGCAGUGCUGAUACUGGGCUUUGUGGUUUUUGCCCAAUGCAUUGCAUUUUCAUACUGAGAUGGGUAUGUUAUUAUAUGCUGUUAUUAUUUGGCCCAGAAAGGGUAUCUACAAACAUAUCCCACCAUUAUCUUCCUACACCCUCAUCUUCAGUCUGAGUGAGGGCAAUAGAAGCAAAUAGGGAUAACUUACCCGAUAAUCUUCAGAUUGAUUUUAAAAGCAUACAGUUUUUGCUUCUGUGCAGAUGAGAUACGAUAGCAUAUACACAUGCUAAUAGGAUUUUGAGGCCUCUCUACAUGUGUUUCUAGGACAGUAGCUCGAGUACACAGAUGUUGUGCAGGAUCAUUGUACUUUUAUGAUCUACACACAGAAUUUAUUUCCUGGACAUUAGUACAGUAUUGGCUAUGUAGGACCUUGAUAAUGUGCGGCAGCCCUCAGGCGAACCACUUGGUACUAAAGCUGGGAAGAAGGCUCACCCCUCCUGAAUAGGGAUAGAAAGAUCUGUCAGUUUUGAUUCUAAUUUUUUCAAUCUUACAUUUCUCUGAAUUUUUCAGCAGUUUGAGUUUUUUUUCUUUUUAAUCCUCACCCUAAUUCAGCAGCAUUUUAAUGUGAAUUUAUUAUUAUUUAUUAAAUGCAGUUUUUACUAAUGUACACAUUUCUGUAAGCAACUUUCCUUAAUAAAAUGCAUUGUUACAUGUGAUUUUAACUAUUAUCUUCAUUUUUAUUUUGCACACUUUCCCUUAAUAUAAGCAUUUUGGUAAACAUUAUUUGGUUGGCGUACUGCAUUGCAAAAUUCCGAAGGAUGAUUUUGCUUCAGGUUGCAUAUUGUUUUGGAAAGUACAAAUUUCAUAAAUUCAGCUUUAAAUGUGUACUGAAUCUAGUUUCUUCUCUUGCAAUUGCAAUAUUUUAUGUCGGAGGAGGGGGAAUUGCACAGCAAAGAGCAAACUGUCAUUUUACUAUGGUGUAUUUUCAUUAACAGAGUCAAGACUCCACAUUUACAUAGUUGACAAUUGCAGGGUAGCUCUAAGACAUUCCUGAGUUGCUUUCUGACCUGCCGUAAAGAUGCACUAAUAGAGCUUUGAAUCAAGAAUGGAGAACUUGUAGCCCUCCAGAUGUUGUUGGACUGCAAUUCUCAUUAUCUCUGGCCAUGCUGUCUGAAAGGAGCUGGAGUCCAACAACAUCUGGACCGCUAAGGCUUUAAAUGAAUCACAGAAGACAAUCAAUCUACCCUUUUUCUAGUCUCACCCUCUGAAACAAAGGAUGAAGGGGAGGAGUGGGCUCAGGAUGGUUCAUUAAACUGAUGUUCCUGAGAUUAAAAUAUUGCUUUAUUGUGGCCUACAUACUGCUGUGCUAUUAAUUAUAAGACUAAGCUUUUAGCAGUCCCAUGAGACUAGAGGGAAGGAUAGACUGAUUGCCUUCUGCAAUUCACUUUGCUUUACCUUUUUGCCUUUAUAGUUCUCUCUGAGGAGUAUCCUUCUAGGGACGCAACAGACUGCAUACUGGGGAAGAUUCUGCAACUUAGUUGGUGCCUUAUUCAUUUCCCAUUUAACAGUGUGUGUCCUUUUAUCAGCCCAACCUGCUGGAAGAAGCCCUGUCUUCAGAACCUGAAGAGUCUACUGAACCAGAGAACCCAGUCUGGACAAGCACAGAAUUUCAUGAGCCUGUGCUAAAUGGGCAAAGCAACAUCCUGCACUUAGAAGAAAUCCAGAAGGUGAGCACCCUUCAUACUGUGACUCAGCAAUUUUCUUUAAUGAGUGCUGCUAUCACAGUGACUCCCCUGGGUGAGCCCUUUGCCCUUAAACAUCGCUUCCACACAUUGUCCUUAGCUAAGGCACACAUUAUGGAGUAUUGCUGACCUCUGUUAACUGGGAAAGCAAGCUUUUGGCAGGAAGGUCUGCUGAAGCCGUAUCUCUACAAGGGCCACGAGACCCUUGGCCCAUUUACAAGGAACAAGUGCAAAGAAGUGAAAUUCUCCAGGACAGUCUCAAAAAAGUAAUAUCCACAGGCUUAAUAUUCACUUAUGUGAAUGCAAAGAUUGUAGAUGGGGCCAAUAACUUAGGGCAGUGGUUCCCAAUUAGUUAAGGACUGUGGGCCCCCUGUUUUUCAAAAGCCAAGCCAUGGACCCACUACUUUUGAAAAUGUCUUUUAUGUGAUUGGUGCCAACAUAUGCUCCAACUUGUCCCAACACAAAACUGGGAUGUGCAUCUUCUGGGCAGCACUCCUGUGUGAGUUACAUGACCCGUGUGAGAGCAUGGGUCCCCAAAAUGAGAUGUCCUGGACAGUUGAUGGGUAUGUGCCAUGGCCCUGCUUGGUGGGUUAUGUGGACCCCCUGGGGUUCGUAGACCACCAGUUGGAAACCACUAACUUAGGGUGUAUGACCUGUGACCAGAACUACUAAGCAGAAGAUAUACUGAUGAGCUAGUGCAGGUGUGGUAAACCUUUAGCCCUCCAGAUGCUGCUAAACUACAACUCCCAUUAUCUUCCACCAUUGGGCCUGAUUGGUGGGUCUGAUGGGAGUUGUAGUACAGCAACAUUUGGAGGGCCAAAGGUUUCCCACAGAUCUACUGGAAUAACUUAAGAUACAUUCCUAUGUUGUAUAGGUUUAAAGCAAGGAUGUGAACUUUGUGGAUGUCCAGAGGUUGACGGACUCCCAUUCACCCCAGCCAGUAUGGCCAGUCGGUAGGGAUGAUGAGACAUGCAGUCCAAUAACAUAUUAAAGGCCUCAGGGUAGAUGGAGGUAAGGAAAGAAGUGACCUUGUGCAUGUGAUACCUUUUAGCUUGCACCACACCUCCCUCUACGAGUGACUGGACACCCAUGGAACCUCAUCUACUAUACAGCAAGGGAUGGAUUUAGCCUGAAGACUAUGUACCGAAGCAUGAGUGAUUUAGCCUCUCCAGUGUUGUUGAUUAUCAGAGACACUGAAGGCCAGGUAAGCAUAACUAGCUUUGAAACAGGCCAGACUUAUCAAGUCUAGCAGAGGGGGGCUGACUGGUUGGGUUCAGUUCACUGCCUACUCUAAAUGGCCUUCCUGCUACUUGCAAGUUACAACACAUCUCUCUUGCAUCCUUUUCAGAUAUUUGGAGCCUUUUCUUCUACAGCCAUCCAUGUCAGUAGCUGCUUCUACGGCAAUGGAGAAACAUUUCUCUUUUCCUUCACCCCACAACUUAAGGUGAUUGAAGGGAUAUCAUCCCCCAAGUAUGAAAGUUAUCGGUGUGUGUUAACAGUAUCUGGAGUUAUUACCAAUUAUACAAAUGUUGCCUGUCACUGAUUUGCCACAGGCUUAAAGUGGUAUACCUACAAAGUUUCCAGUAUGCACCAUUUGGCAAUUGGUCUAGUACAGGGAUGUCCAACCAGUAGAUCGUGAUCUACCGGUAGAUCCCCGGCUGAUCCUGGUAGAUCGCGGGAUCCUUAUCAUGUACAAAAUGUUACAGGGAGGACUUCCGGGGUGGCGCCUCCGGAAAAUGGCGGAAUUCCCUUCGGACUGAAGGGAACCCGCUGCACGGAGGCUUGGGUCCUGCCGCUACGGCGCAGCGGGGACCCGCAAAAACCACAGGCGGAAGAAGCCUGUGGACGUGGGACUCGGCGGGCACCGAGGCGCUCUCUCCCCUGGUCCCGGAGCCCGGUAACGGGCUCCGGAGUGGGAGGUGCGUGGUGCUGUGAGUCGUCUGCUUCCUCCGUGCAGCAAAGCCGCACUGCCGUUAUCGGAGAGCGCUGCCUUUUCCUGGACAAUUUGGCAUCUAAAACAUCUAUCCGUGAGUACCUGAUCUUAGAAGAGCUGAACCACUUUUAAGACUGGUGAAUAAACAAAUAAUAUUGGACUUGAAAUUGAACUUAAUUGGGACUCGGAAUGGGAAGGUCUAAACAGGAAGUCGCCUUCCGUUCUUUUGUUGUGUGAAGAAAGCAAAGACAAAAUAUACUAAAGCCUGAAAAUUAAAUUUUAAGAGAACUAGAAUUCAACAUCUAAGAUUUCUGAACCCCCCCUUUGACAGCAGGAGAAAAAGGGGUUGUAUUUGGACCUUUCAAUCCUGCGGAAGUGAGUUUAAAAUAAAGCAAUUUUCCACCGCCCUGAACCAGGAGCGGGCUGUCAGAAUUGACGUUCUGAAGUUUAUCCAGCUCGACAGUUAGUUAAAAGAAGGGUAACAUUUUGAUUCUACUGUUGCCUCUUGAAUUUGGAAGGGGAAUUUUGGAUAAAGUGUUUCUGGAAAAAGUAAGUUUUUUGCCGUUGCUUUUAUUCCUUUAAAAAAAAAAAAUUUCCAUCUAGUGGAAUUUAGUGAAAUUGCAACGCAGAGAGAUUAAAAGAGAAGGACUAUUGGACUAUUCUCGUGGGAAAGAAUUUUCUUUGACCUUGAAGGACAAUGCUAGUACAAAGGCUUGAACAAUUGUUCCUGGAAGGUUUUUCAAAACUAAGUGCCCAGCUGGACCAGAUGCGUCAGGAGACGACCUUGAGGAUGGAAGUUACCAGAGCACAGCAGCAAACAAAUGAAAUUCAGUUAAAGGCUAUACAAGCAUAUGAACCUGCUGUAGUGACGGAGGCUUCAGAGAUGGAGGGACCUUUGGACGGGCAAGAUCAGUCUUUGAACUUGAUAAAUGAACUUAGGACAAACCAGAUUCGGAAAGAUGAAAUGUGGUCAGAUUUGGAAAUGGGGGAUGGAUCGACCCCCCUCCAUAUGGUUAUUUGGACCUUCCGAGUCUGGUGAUGGGCUAUCAGAGGAUUGGAGUAGCCGAAGUCUCCAAGCUUUGUGGAAAUUCGAAGUGGUAUUAUUUGCUGUCUGGCUUGGGCAAUGGGUUUGGGAUGGACUUGCUGCAAAGGGUCAAAAGCAUUUUCUUGCUGGAGCAUCCACGACUGGAAAGGAAUCAUCAACAAGAGUGGCGAAAGGGGCAAGAAAGAGACUUGAGGGCCUCGGAUACGAGACAACCAGGUUAAGGGAGGUUAAAAGGACUGACAAUCCCGGGUCCAGGGGAGGGGAGGUUGGAAGCUGACUGGACUGAAUUCGACUUAUUAAUUUUUCUUUUUUAUUUUUCAAUAUUGGGAAUGCUUACAAAUGUUUGAAGGAUGUUGAAUGAAAUUACAUGGCUUAAGUAAGGAUUGGUAAAUGAUUCGUAAAAGGUAAUGAUGCAAGAAUUUGUUAAAUAUUGAAUAUAAGCUAUGAGUUUUAAAGUUUUUAUAUGACAAGAGGGAAAAUAGAAUAAGGAAACGUAAUGACAGAUUGUUAUGAAAAAACAGAAAGGAUUUGCUGUAAAAAUUAAAAAUUAAGAAACAAAAGAGGGGAGGAGGAGGAAGUCUAGAAAGGAAGUCAAUAGAGAUUGUAAAGGACUUUAUAUUUUUGUUUUUCUGUUUCUCUUUUUUUUCUUUCUUUGCGGCUGGGUUUUCUUUUCUUUUUUGUUUAUGCACUAUUUUUGUUUUUUGUAUCCUAAAAUUUUUUUUUUUUUGGAAAUUUUUGUUGUUAUUUUUUGAAAAUUCAAUAAAUAUCAAUUAUAAAAAAAACAAAAUGUUACAGGGAAAAAGCUGAAAAACUCUGUGCAACAGCUCUAGGCAAUCCACCCACCCCACGCUCCUCCCCCCUCCAAUGACAAUGGGUCACUGACAAUAAAAUAAUGACAAUAAAAUCACUGCCAGUUUUUUUUAUACUGGGAGUAGAUCAGUCUCUUGGGAGCUGGACAUGCCUGGUCUAAUAAAUCAGCCUUCCCCCAUCCUUCUUUUUAUCCUGGCCUUUGAUACCCGAGAUAGACAUUUAUAGGACCAACCCUAUUCUUACUAUAAAUGGUUUUACUUGCAAAGGGGAAAUGCUUGUUUAAAGUUAACCGAGAUCUGAAAUGGGGCAUUAACAGUCAGGGUGCUGCUUCAAUUGUUUUACACACACACACACACACACACACACACACACACAAAAUUCAGUUAUAAUGAAACAUGGAAGGUCAACACAAAAGAUGCUGGACUGCAAGCAACCAUUUGACAAUACUGUGUGGAUUCUCCAAUAUAUAGAGAGGCAGAGUGUGUAUGAAAAGAUGACUGUUCCAGAAACAAGGGUGAGUGUGGAAGAAGUCACAAUUAAAACACAUGGUAGGAAGUGGUAAGCGACCCCUACCAAUAAAUACUUGGCAGCAAAUUCUACUGAACUCAAUGAGACUUACACCAGAGUCAAUAUGCAGACAAUUGCCCUGAUAGGGAGCUUGUGUAUUACAUUGCAAUUCUGGCUCUGAGUCAAACUUCACAAGAAGUCUGCAAGAGUUUAAGGGGUGGGGUGCUGACACAACAUUCAAAAUGCUGCCAACUGAACCAGAAUAUAAAGGUUUUAAGUAGGCAUUGGAAAACAAAACGAUUGUUUUCUCUAGUUGUACAGCUGUGUCUUUUAUUCCCAAGAUGCUUCAUUAUUUUUUUCUCCUUACUCUCCAGGUAUUUAAGUGGACAGGUAAAAACACCUUCUUCAUGAAAGGAGAUGCAGACUCCCUAGCAAUUGGUGGAGGCAGGUAUGUGACUGUGAAAGAUGUUAGUGGGGGGAAAUGGUUUUGUUGUGAAGAGAAGGGGUGCUGCAAUGCAGUCCCAAUCAGAUUAUUAACUUUUGAGGAUGGUCUCGCUGUCAGCAGCCCUUUCUGGAGUCUGGGUCCCUCCGCUACUGAAUCAGUGGUAUGAGUAAAACAAAUGACAUCACAGUUCAUCUACAACAGGUUAUUCCUCAGAAUGUGAGUCAUGAUGAAAAGUAUUUUUACUUUUUUCUCUUUUAAAUUUACCACUAUCCACCCCUCACUUAUUUCUAGGUUUCAUGACAUCAAACUGAAGAUUACUCUCUCCUGUACUUCUUCAGUCAUUAUGAUUUGAGAUACCGGCUACAAAAAGCCCAAUGGUAUUUUUGUGUGUGCCCUUUGAGUGGACAUAGCUGUCUAGCUUUAUUUAGUACACAUUAUCAUCUUGCUCUGCGUCAAGAUCUUCCAAGUUACUGUGGACUCUUUUGUAUACAUGUUGGAAAAAGAUGGUUAAUCAUUGCAGUGGAAAACCAGUUUGGCUGUAUAUAGUUUCAAAGCAUCUAAAUGUAUAAAUAGAAACUGCAGCAAAAUGGUGAGCUCAUUGUAAACCCUUUCAGAGCAGGGGAAAUAAUUUGAGUAGAAAGGAAGCAAUGAGCCCUCUAAUCUGGCUCUCACUACAAUCCUUCUUCAAUCAGCCCAGGCAGCCGUGUCAGAGACUGAGUAGCCAAAAUUGGCUGGAAUGGAGUUUUGAAAUAGAAUUUCUGCUGGUGGGGGAGCAAUUAUGGGACUUGGUCCAGCCCCCACAGUCUGCAGCUGGGAAGGCUAAGGCAGAGACGGCUGCAGUUCAAGAUGAAUUGGAGCAGCGUGUGCUCGGACUUUUGGCUGGAAAUGUGGAAGCUUAUCUAGUGCCUUUCUGGCACCCUGUACAAUUGGCACUAGAGAAAGCAGGUAUACGUGAGAUACUUACAGAACUGUUGACUCAAAUGAGCCAAACCACACUGUAUUUCUUAUGGAUCAGAAGCUUCUUGUGUUCCUCAUUCUGCAGAAAGUUAAUCCCAUGUUUUGCCUUUCCCCUUAUUUGCAGCGGCAAAUUUGGAUUGUGGCUAGAUGGAGACCUGAACCAUGGAGGAAGUCAGCCCUGUGAGACAUUCAACAAUGAGACAUUAUCUCCCAAAGAGGAAUUCCUCAUCCGAGACCUGGAAGUUUGGGCACUUUCCUAA